UAACGAAGAAGGAACAAGAACUUCCGGUUGCUCAAGACACGUUUCCUUCGGCGCGUCUGUGAAACGAAAAGGCUACCAACGUCCGUGUGUAACAGUCAAGAAUCAAAGACAAAAUGAGCAAAGCACAUCCUCCCGAGCUAAAAAAGUUCAUGGACAAGAAGCUUUCGUUAAAGUUGAACGGAGGCAGACAUGUACAGGGCAUCCUUCGCGGGUUUGACCCCUUUAUGAACCUUGUGGUGGAUGACUGUCUGGAAAUGGGACCAGGGGGACAACAGCAUACCAUCGGCAUGGUGGUCAUCAGAGGCAACAGCAUCAUCAUGUUGGAGGCCUUGGAGAGAGUCUGAGAUGAAACAAAAGGGUCUGUCUGUGUUUCGAUUCUGAUGUUUUGGGUUGUGUUUUUUUUCUUUGUUUUUUUUUUUACUUUUGUUUGACAAGCAAAAUGACUUGUGUAAAAUGUCUCAAGUUGAAUGGAAAGGCAUGUUUGUGAAUAAAACAAUGUUCUUUGUA